AUGUUCGCUGGCUCUUGCAUCGGAGUCAUCUGCCUCGUUCUUUGCCUGGAAGCUCUCCGUCGCUUGGGUAGGGAAUAUGAUUCUUUUAUCAUACGCCGAGCACGCCAACGCCGCAUGUAUCUGGAUGAGACUACUCUCGAAGGACAUUCUAAGGAUCCUGAGGCCAAGAAAUUCCACGAAAACGGUGCUUUUGGGGCAGGCCCGCUUCCAAAGACAGGGGAGAACGGCCUUCACCAAGCAGCAGCGGAAGAAUCAAGAACCGCAGUUGACCAGCAAGAUCGUAUUCUUCCGUCUCCUGAACCAGCAAACGAGAAUACCUCUGGUGAACCCCAGACCACUGCUACUGCCGUUGCCAAUCAAGCAGACCAACCACUCGACCCGAGCCAUAAAAGUCCCUGGUUCUCUGUCUCUCCCAAACCGGUAGCAGUGGACCAGCAGCAGUGGGGAAACAGUAUCCCUAUGUCCUCACGCAUACCACCCGCUUUACCUUCGCAGAAUGUCCGCCAUCGUCCGUCGCCCGUCGAGCAAGUGGUACGUGCCUUGCUUCACACCUUUCAGUUUGGUGUGGCCUACAUUAUCAUGCUGCUGGCAAUGUACUACAACGGAUACAUCAUCAUUUGCAUCUUUCUAGGCGCAUUUCUGGGGUCUUUGAUAUUUUCAUGGGAAUAUGUGUCCUCGGACAAGCAGUAA